AUGGGAAAUAAACAAACCAUCUUUACGGCACAGCAGCUAGAUGCCUAUCAGGACUGUACAUAUUUCACAAGAAAGGAAAUUCUGAGACUCUUCUACCGCUAUCGGGAUUUGGCACCGCAGCUCGUUCCUCUUGACUACACCAACCACCCAGAUGUGAAGUUACCAUAUGAGCUGAUUGGCAGCAUGCCAGAGCUGAAGGACAACCCAUUUCGACAGAGGAUCGCUGAGGUUUUCUCUGAGGACGGAGAGGGAAAUAUGACACUGGACGACUUCUUGGACAUGUUUUCUGUCCUCAGUGAGAUGGCUCCACGGGACCUCAAGGCCUACUAUGCUUUCAAAAUUUAUGAUUUCAACAACGAUGACUUCAUCUGCAAGUCAGACCUGGAGAAGACGCUGAACAAGCUGACUCGUAACGAGCUGACAGAAGACGAGGUGAGGAUGGUGUGCGAGAAGGUGAUCGAUGAGGCCGACCUGGACAACGACGGACGUCUGUCACUCGAAGAUUUUCAGCACAUGAUCGUUAGAGCUCCGGACUUCCUCAGCACUUUUCAUAUAAGGAUAUAA